GUGCGCACGGACACUCUGACAUCGAUCAACCGAUGCGAGAACCACAGUAACUGUUGUCUACGCCGCCUCUCAUCCAUCCCAUCCACACAUUCACAAUACACCAUAAAUCACAACGUCUCCGUCUCAGGCUCGACGUCCUUAUCGAGCAGCAACGGAAUCGGCCACACAAAGUACCCAUGCUUAGCGAGACACACCAGCUGCUGCACACUCUGGCUGGCCUUCCUGUCCACCGCCUCAGCUGUGUUGAACGAGUUGUGCGGCGUGAGGGUCACACGCGGGUCCGCCGCCAGCCUCAUGACCGCCUCCACUUCUUGCGCCUGCGGUGUGUCGGGCGGUGGGGCGAUCUUGUCCCUCAGCAUCUCGGCAAGGCUCCUCUCGUGACUGAAAACGUCCAGUGCGACGCCGCCCAGCCGGCCUUCGUCGAGGGCUUUGAGCAGCAGAGAUGAAGCGCAGAACUCGCCUCUUGAGAUGUUGACAAAGAGGGCGCCUUCCUUGAGCAGAGAGAGGCGGUGGGGCGUCAUGUAGCCGAUGUUGCAUGAGGUCAGGUUCAUGCAGACCACCUGAUUUGAUUGCACACGGACGGGACGCACCAGAGAAUAAGUGAGUGCACUCGAUGCAGUUGCUCGCACUCGGAUAUCUCUCUCUCUCACCACGCAGUGGGCGCCUUUGAGGGCGACUUCAGGCUCCUGGUAGGGCACCAGAUCGCUGUACUUGAUGGCGAUGUCGACACCAACGACAUUCAUGCCAAGAGCAAGACCCAGACGACACACCUGCAUCAAAGCAUGACGGAACACACAGACAUUCCAUUGGUGUGGUGGAUUGGAUGUAUGUGUGCACUUCAGUCAGUCAGCGCCUCCAUCUUUCUGCCUGCCUGACCUCUGAGCCGAUGUUGCCCACACCAACCACCACCAUUUUCUUGCCCUUCAACUAAUACACACACACAUAAACACACACACACACAUGAACACACCAACGCUGAGUGAGUGAGAGUCCCUCCCUCCCGCUGUGCUCACUCACCUCCAUGCCUGUAAGCCCAUCUCUGUGGAACUGGUGCCACUGACUCCUCUGUUGGGCCAGCUUGCGCGACAGACUCAGCAGCAGCAUUAUGGCCUGCUCGGCCACGGCACGCACGCAGUAGAGCGGCAGGUGGCCGAAGUGGAUGUGCUGCGUCCGCUCGACGGUCGCCUGAUGCCGGUACGCCAGCAGGUGGUCAUACCCUGUGGAGCGGCUCAGAAUCGCCUUCAGAUCCUGAUGGGAUGGAGGACACCCACACAUUGUCUGUCCACCAUUCAGCGGCCAGCUGGUCAUUGAUUCUGUUGACUGUGUGUUUCCCGCUCUCUGUGUGUGGCUUGCUUACGUCUGCCCAUUCCAGCGGCAGCGUGCUCUGUGUGCGGAUGCUGAUGACGUCGCAAGGCGGCGGGCCGAUGGACGGGCCGGAGGUCUUCGAUUCGCCCCGCUGCGCAAGGAACUCCUGUAUGGUGGCUGGGACGAGUUCACCCUCCACCCAUGGGGUUGCAUCGAGGUACCGCCGGAUGUGUGCAGCCUCCUCCUCAAACGCUGAGUGCCAACAGCGUACACACACACAGAUGGAAUACAGACAUUCAAUGAAUGAGUGGAUCUGCGUUGCCGCCCUCUCUGCCGUGCUGUACACCUUCGAAGAAGAAUGUUCUCAUUUUUCGAACGAAGUGAGGAUGCUGGGGAGCCCCUGAUCUUGAGGCGGCAUGAUAUCGACGUGAUGAGAUCCGACAGCACGAUCCGAUGAGCUGAGUGCGGCACAUCAGGCUGUGAAGCGUUGCGUGAUCUUCCCUUGACAGGCACAGAAUAC